AUGGCGACAACACCGCUCUCCCAGAUCCCAACCCUCACAGAGCUCUAUCGAGACAACCACCUCCACCCCACCGAUCAGCCGCUGUUCGAAAAGGCUACCAGCAAAUUCAACGACCGCAUCGCUCUGAUACGGACCGAUAUCACCAAGCUCGAAACAGACGCCAUCGUGAAUGCAGCAAACGAAUCCCUCCUCGGCGGCGGAGGCGUAGAUGGGGCUAUCCACCGCGCUGCCGGUUCUCAGCUCCUUGACGAAUGUGCGAAACUUGAUGGGUGUGAUACUGGCUCCGCUAAGAUCACGAACGCCUACCGCCUGCCCUGCAAAAAGGUGAUUCAUGCGGUUGGACCGGUCUAUUCGCGGGCGAAGCGGGAAGAGAUGCAUACGAAGUUAUUGCAGGGAUGCUACACCACGUCACUAGAUCUGGCGGCUGAGAAUCAUUGCAAGAGUCUGGCGUUCAGUGCGUUGAGCACGGGCAUCUAUGGCUACCCAAGUCAAGAAGCGGCAGAGGCGGCGAUUGGAGCGGUGAAAGGGUGGUUGGAGGCGGACGAUGAGAAGGCAAGAAAUAUCGAGAAGGUGGUGUUUUGUUCGUUUAUGGAGAAGGACCAGAAGGCCUACGAGGAGCUGUUACCGAGGUUCUUCCCAACCGCUGCCGAGGGGAAGGAUAAUGCCGCCCCAGCAGCCGGUGAGACCAAGGAAGCAGUCGCGAGCAGCAAGAAGGCCGACGGUGAGAGCGAAAAGCUGCCAGAUCUACCGGAUGUGCCCACGCAAGAACCAGCAACGGCCGGGCAGCCGGAAGCGAAGAAGGUGAAGCUCGAUCACGAUGUGACCGACGACAGCAAGGGUACAUGA